AGUUCAAUGUUAUCAGUUCGCUUUAAUAGCUCAAGUCAGUUGGUUCAAGAUCAAAACAUGGAUUUCUCCGAAAAAGUCGUUCUAAUAACCGGCGCAACAUCUGGUAUUGGUGCAGAAACAGCAAAACACUUUGCUAAACAUAAUGCCAAGUUGGCACUUACUGGGAGAAACCCACAAGGCCUGGAAGAUGUUUUCCAAGCAUGUAAAGCCAACGGAAGUCCUGAUGUCAUUCUUAUGCGUGGUGAUGUAACAAACAAAGCGUUUGUAAACUCGAUUAUCUCCGAAACUAUUAAACACUUUGGGAAACUUGAUGUUCUGGUUAACAACGCUGGAAUCUUAGAAAUAGGAAGCAUCGAGACUACGAAUAUGGAUCAAUUCGAUCGAAUGAUGAACGUUAAUGUUCGUUCGGUGUACCAUCUCACACACCUGGCUGUACCACAUCUGAUCAAAACGCAAGGAGCAAUUGUAAAUGUUUCAAGUCUUGUUGGGUUGAGAGCUUUCCCUGGUGUGUUGUCCUAUUGUAUGAACAAGGCAGCUAUUGAUCAGUUCACGAGAUGUGUAGCUUUGGAGCUUGCUUCAAAGAAUGUGAGAGUUAAUGCGGUAAACCCAGGAGUCAUUGUUAGUAACCUUCACAAACGUGCGGGUAUUGAUGGAAAGGACUAUGAAGCUUUGUUGGAAAGAAGCAAGGGUAAUCAUCCUUUAGGUAGGCCAGGAACUGUCGAUGAGGUGGCGAAAAGUAUAUUGUUUUUGGCAAGUGAACAAUCGUCGUUCAUCACUGCAGCAACAUUGCCUAUAGAUGGUGGUAAACAAGCAGCAUGUCCACGAUAAAUAAUAAAAUAAUUCUGAAUCACUGAA